UGUGGCCUCUGAGGGAGGAGGGGCGGCCUGUUGUAUGCACUCAGUGUCUCACCUGCCUGAUCUGCAGCUCUUCCUGUGCACGCACUGAUUUACAGCUGGUUCCCAGUUUGUGAGGUGUCUUCUCACAUUUUCUGUCACUUUGUUUAGGAUUUGGGCAAAUCACAAAGUUGGGCUGUAGGUUUGAGACCCUAGUGGAUGGCCAGAGAGGCUCCCUUACUGUCAGCAAAUACUGCGGGACUCUGUCGCUGAGCCUCUAACACCGUCCCAAGAUGACGGAGAUUGUGGAGGAAUAUGAGGAAUAUGAGGAGUUUGAGGAGGAGGAGGAGGAGGAGAUCGUGGAGGAGUCCGGACUGCCCACCAGGAAAGUCAGGAAGAAGGUCAAGGUGGAUACCUCCAAGUUCAUGACUCCAUACCUGGCUCACAGCCAGAAGAUGAUGGAGCAGUACAGCCAUAACAAGUACCGGCAUGCGUACGACCUGUCCAAAGGGACGCCUCCUGCCUACAUCGCUGAUACUCCUGAAAUGCUUCGCAUCAGGAAGGCCCAGGAGCAGCUCAGCGAGGUCAAAUACCGCAUGGAGGGGAACAAGGCUCGGACGACCAGCUUGUACGACGGAGAGGCCAAAGAGAUCGCCCACGUCAAGCGUGUGUCUGAACUGAUCAGCAAGGUCCUGUACAGACAGAAGUGGGAUGAAACGAAGGACCGGUACCUGCUGCCUCCUGAUGCUCCUGAACUCGUGCUGGCUGUGAAGAACGCUGCCAACGUCAGCAAGAAACUGUACACGGAAGACUGGAACGAAGAGAAGACCAUGUUCUACCCGUACAGCGACAGUCCCGAGCUGCGCAGGGUGGCUCAGGCUCAGGAGUGCCUCAGUGACGUUCGCUACAAGAAGGGUCACGAUCAGCGCAAGGCGAAGUACACCUCCCUGGCUGAUCCUCCUGAGGUGGAGCUGGCCAAGAGAGUGGAACAACAGCGUAGUGACCUGAAAUACAGGGAGGACUACAAUAAAAAUGUGAAGGGUCAAUGGUGCGAGACGCCAUACUUCGACGUGGCCACUGCCAGGGUGGCGAUGGAGAACUUUAGUAAUAGACGUUACACGCAGAAAUAUGAGGACGAGAAAGAUCAACUUUAUUUCAUGCAGACAGACACGCCCGUUUAUGACACCAACAAGAAGGCUCGUAUUGCUGCCAGUGAGGUCCAAUACAAGAAGGAAUACGAGAAGAACAAAGCGCAGUCUGACUACAACACGCUUCCCGCCACGGAGAACCCUCUCCUCCGACAGCUCAGAUACGCUGGCACCAUCCUCAGUGAUAAAGUUUAUAAGGCCCAAUAUGAGAAGUCGAGAGGUUUCAGCAUCAACUACUGCGACACGCCCAAGUUUCAGAUGGACUCCGUCCUCAAACAGUUCACUGACACACAUUACAAAGAUAAGUAUGACAAUGAGGUGAAGGGUCACUACAUCGGCAGCUACGAGGACGUCUACACGGUUCACUGUCAGAACAUGGAGCAGAUGAAGAACGAGCAUCUGUACAAAGCAGAAUAUGAAGACAUUAAGACCAGAUGUUUCUUCCCUCAAACCGUCACGCCUGAAUAUGAAGCGAUAAAGAAUCUUCAGAAGUGUAAAGAUAAAGUUUACCGGCAGCAUCCAGACAAAGUGAAAUUUACACAAGUGGUGGAUUCACCAGUUCUGGUUCAAGCCGCCAUCAACGCCCAGCAGCUAAGUGACUUGAACUACAAGGCGAAGUACGAAGACAUGAAGUUCAAGAACUGUCUGCCCCCAGAUUAUCCCUUCUUCAUCCAGUCCAGAGUUAACGCUUUUAACCUCAGUGAUAACUGUUAUAAGUACGACUGGGAGAAACUGAAAGCCAAGAAGUUUGAGGUCAGAGGUGACGCCAUCCCGAUUCUCGCUGCCCGCGCUCACACUAACAUCAUCAGUGAUGUUAAAUAUAAGAAGGAGUACGAGAAGAACAAGGGACAGAUGGUCGGAGCCCUCAGCAUCAAUGACGAUCCCAAAAUCUUACACUCUGUUCACGUCGCCAAAAUCCAGAGUGACCGUGAAUAUAAGAAGGACUAUGAGAAGAUUAAGACCAAGUACCACACACCUCUGGAUAUGAUGUCCGUCACUUUGGCCAAGAAGUCCCAGGGCAUCGCCAGCAUGGCAGGGUACAGGAGCAUCAGCACCAACUUCUUCCUCCCCCCCGACAGCGUGCUGUUGGACCUGGCCAAGAAGGCCAACAUCAUCCAGAGUGAUAAUGAGUACAAGGCCGACUACAACAGCUUCACCAAGGGAACUCCUUGGGUCCCCUUCGGCUCCUUGGACGUGGAGAAGAAUAAGAAAGCUGCUGAGAUCCUCAGUGAGAAAAAAUACAGACAGCACCCGGACACCAUCCCCUUCACCUCCAUCGAUGACCACCCCAUCAUGAUGCAGGCCAAAGUCAACCAGCUCCAGAGGAGCGAUCUCUUCUAUAAGAGAGGUCUGGAGGAAGUCCAUCAGAAGUACUCCCUGCCUCCUGACGUCCCCGAGUUCCUCCAGGCCAGGUGUAACGCCUACAACAUCAGCCAGAAAUACUACAAGCUUGCCUGGCAGAAACAUCUUCUCAAAGGUUACGACCUGAAGCCCGAUGCCAUCCCUGUGGUCGCAGCCAAAGCUGCCAGACAUGCUGUCAGUAAUGUCCAGUAUAAGAAGGCGUACGAGAAGGCCAGAGGUCACCACGUCGGCUUCCGCAGCCUGCAGGACGACCCUCUGCUGGUUCACUACAUGGAGGUGGCGAAGAUGCAGAGUGACAAGAACUACAAGAAGGACUAUCACAAGGCCAAGCUGAAGUACCACACCCCCGUGGACAUGAUGAGCAUGGCUCAUGCCAAACAUGCCUCAAAGGUGCAGACGUACGCCGGCUACAAGCAGGACAACCACAAGUACUGUCUUCUGCCCGACGCUAUGAACCUGGAACUUGCUCGCAACAUGAACUUUAACGCCAGUGAUAACAACUAUAAGCAGGAGUAUGAGACCUGUAUCAAGGGCAUCGGCUGGGUUCCCAUUGGUUCCCUGGAGGUGGAGAAAGCCAAGACGGCAGCAGCAGCUCUGAAUGAGAAGAAUUACCGCCAGCACCCAGAAACCCUCAAAUUCACCAGCACCAUGGACUCCAUGAGCAUGGAGCUGGCCAAGACCAACGCCAGGAUCAUGAAUAUGAAAGAGUACAAGGCCAGCGGAGAGAAGUUCAUGCACACCUACCAUCUCCCGGCUGACGCUCCUGAACUGUUGCAAGCCAGAUACAACGCCGUCAACAUCAGCCAGAAUUACUACACCUACGCUCAUCGUAAAGAUCUGCUCAAAGGACACCAUGUGAAGGAAGACGCCAUCCCUGUCGUUGCAGCAAAAACUUCCAGAGACAUUGCCAGUAAUUACAAGUACAAGCUGGCGUACGAGAAGGCCAGAGGUCACCACGUCGGCUUCCGCAGCCUGCAGGACGACCCUCUGCUGGUUCACUAUAUGGAGGUGGCGAAGAUGCAGAGUGACAAGAACUACAAGAAGGACUAUCACAAGGCCAAGCUGAAGUACCACACCCCCGUGGACAUGAUGAGUGUGGUCCACGCCAAACAUGCCUCAACAGUGCAGACCUACACCGGCUACAGACAGAUCCCUCACACCUACUUCCUUCUGCCCGACAACUUGCACCUGCAGCGCUGCCGCGGCAUGAUGGAGAUCCAGAGUGAUAACGUCUACAAGUCAGAUUACAAUAACUACAGUAAAGGCGUUGGCUGGGUCCCCAUCGGGUCUCUGGAUGUUGAGAAGGCCAGAGCUGCUAAAGCUGCUUUGGAUGAAAGAAGCUACCGCCAACAUCCCAGUAAUUUCAAAUUCACAAGCAAGACUGAUGCCAUGAACACGGUUCUGGCCAUGGCCAACUCCAAGCAGAUGGACAUAACUGCAUACAAAGCCUCUGGUGAGAAGUUCAAGCACACCUAUAACCUGCCAGCUGACUGCCCAGAGUUCCUUCAGGCUAAAUUCAACGCACAGACCCUCAGCGAGAGUCACUACAAACAUAAGUGGCUGCAAGAUAUCGCCAAGGGAUACGACAUGAAGCCUGAUGCUAUUUCUGUCCUGCACGCCAAGCAAGGCAGACAUAUCGCCAGCAAUGUCCAAUACAAGAAGGCGUACGAGAAGGCCAGAGGUCACCACGUCGGCUUCCGCAGCCUGCAGGACGACCCUCUGCUGGUUCACUACAUGGAGGUGGCGAAGAUGCAGAGUGACAAGAACUACAAGAAGGACUAUCACAAGGCCAAGCUGAAGUACCACACCCCCGUGGACAUGAUGAGUGUGGUCCACGCCAAACAUGCCUCAACAGUGCAGACCUACGCCGGCUACAGACGGAUCCCUCACAACUAUCUGCUCCUGCCCGACAACUUGCACCUGCAGCGCUGCCGCAACAUGAACAUCCAGUCCAGUGAUGCUGACUACAAGUCUGAGUGGAACAACUACAUCAGAGGUAUUGGGUGGGUCCCUAUCGGCUCACUGGCAGUUGAGACUGCUAAAGUUGGUGGUCAGAUUCAGAGUGACAAUUUGUACCGGACUCAUCCGUCCAACUACAAGUUCAGCAAGCUGAUGGACUCCAUGGACCUGACUCUGGCUACUGCCAACAACCAGAUCAUGAACAAGAAAGCAUACACUGCAGCCUGGGAAAAGGACAAACUGAACGUCCACGUCAUGCCAGAUUCUCCUGAGAUCGUCCUGGCCAAAGCCAACGCCCUCAACAUGAGCAACAAACUGUACAAAGCCGGUCUCGUGGAGAUGGCCAAAAAAGGCCACAACCUCAAAGCAGACGCCAUUUCAAUCAUUGCUGCCAAGACUGGUACCACUAUUGCCAGCAAUUACAAGUACAAGCUGGCGUACGAGAAGGCCAGAGGUCACCACGUCGGCUUCCGCAGCCUGCAGGACGACCCUCUGCUGGUUCACUAUAUGGAGGUGGCGAAGAUUCAGAGUGACAAGAACUACAAGAAGGACUACCACAAGUCCAAGCUGAAGUACCACACCCCCGUGGACAUGCUGAGUGUGGUCCACGCCAAGCAGGCCUCUGCUGUUCAGACAAUGGCUGGAUACAAGCAGCACAACCCCCACUACACCGUGCUGCCUGACGCUAUGAACCUGGUGCUUGCUCGUAACAUGCAGUUCAUCGCCAGUGAUAACCAGUACAAGAGUGAGUACGACAGCUUCAUGAAGGGAAUCGGCUGGGUCCCAAUCGGAUCGUUGGAUGUUGAGAAAGCAAAAACAGCCGGCAGGAUCCUCAGUGAGCCCCAGUACCGCCAACAUCCCAGCAAUUUCAAAUUCACUAAGGACAUGCACUCCAUGGAUCUGACUCUGGCCACUGCCAACAACCAGAUUAUGAAUAAGCAAUCCUACAUCACCGCCUGGGAGAAAGACAAGACGUCGAUCCACAUCAUGCCUGAUGCCAUGGACAUCGUUCUUGCCAGAGCAAACAAGAAGAACGUCAGUGAGAAACUCUACAAACUGGACAACGAGCUGUCCAAGAAGAAGGGCCAUAACCUUCGUGCUGAUGCCAUCUCAGUCCAGGCAGCUAAAGCCUCCACUGCCAUCGCCAGUGAUUACAAGUACAAGACAGGGUACCGUAAGCAGGUGGGCCACCACAUCGGUGCUCGCUGCCUCCAGGACGACCCUCUGCUCAUGCUGGCUCUGAACUCAGCCAAGAUCGCCAGUGAUGCUCUGUACAAGAAGGACUUCAACAAGUCCAAGACCAAGUUCAACCUGCCUGUGGACAUGCUGGCCUUUGAACUGGCCAAGAAGAACCAGAUUCAGGUCAACCACGCCAACUACAUCACCCGCCUGCACAACUGGACCUGCCUGCCAGACUCCAACGAUGUCGUCCAGGCCAGACAUGCAUAUGAAAUAAUGAGCGAUGCUGUGUACAAGGAGGACCAGAGGAUGUUGCAGGGUGUUGGAUGGGUGCCUAUAGGUUCACUGGAUGUGGAGAAGGCGAAGGCUGCUGGUGCGGCCCUGGCUGAGAGAGGGUAUCGUCAACACCCCAGCACCUUCAAAUUCAAACUCACCACUGACGACAUGCCCUUGGUGCUGGCUAAGGCCAACGCUCAGGUCAUGAACAAGAAAGCUUACAUGGACGCCUGGGAGAAAGACAAGACAACCAUUCAUGUCAUGCCUGACGCCAUGGACGUUCAACUGGCCAAAGCAAACAAAGCCAACUACAGUUUGAAACUGUACAAGCAGGCAAAUGAAGACGCCAAGAAGAAGGGAUACGACCUGCGCAAUGACGCCAUCUCCAUCCUCGCAGCAAGGGCUUCCAGGGACAUCGCCAGCGACUACAAGUACAAGACAGGGUACCGUAAGCAGGUGGGCCACCACAUCGGUGCUCGCUGCCUCCAGGACGACCCUCUGCUCAUGCUGGCUCUGAACUCAGCCAAGAUCGCCAGUGAUGCUCUGUACAAGAAGGACUUUAACAGGUCCAAGACCAAGUUCAACCUGCCUGUGGACAUGCUGGCCUUUGAACUGGCCAAGAAGAACCAGAUUCAGGUCAAUGACUUCAACUACAGAACUCACCUGCACAACUGGACCUGCCUGCCAGACUCCAACGAUGUGGUCCAGGCCAGACAUGCAUAUGACCUCCAGAGUGAUGCUGUGUACAAGGAGGACCAGAGGAUGUUGCAGGGUGUUGGAUGGGUGCCUAUAGGUUCACUGGAUGUGGAGAAGGCGAAGGCUGCUGGUGCGGCCCUGGCUGAGAGAGGGUAUCGUCAACACCCCAGCACCUUCAAAUUCAAACUCACCACUGAGGACAUGCCCUUGGUGCUGGCUAAGGCCAACGCUCAGGUCAUGAACAAGAAAGCGUACCGUGAAGCCUGGGACAAUGAGAAGUCAAAGAUCCACAUCAUGCCUGACGCUAUGGAUGUUCUCCUCGCCAAAGCAAACAACAUCAACUACAGCUACAAACUGUACAAACAGGCAAAUGAAGAAGCCAAGAAGAAGGGCUACGAUAUGCGCGGUGACGCCAUUUCCAUCAAGGCAGCCAAGGCCUCCAGGGACAUCGCCAGUGAUUACAAGUACAAGACAGGGUACCGUAAUCAGGUGGGCCACCACAUCGGUGCUCGCUGCGUCCAGGACGACCCUCUGCUCAUGCUGGCUCUGAACUCAGCCAAGAUCGCCAGUGAUGCUCUGUACAAGAAGGACUUCAACAAGUCCAAGACCAAGUUCAACCUGCCUGUGGACAUGCUGACCCUGGAGCUUGCCAAGAAAUGCCAGAUUCAGGUCAAUGACUUCAACUACAGAACUCACCUGCACCAGUGGACCUGCCUGCCAGACUCCAACGAUGUGGUCCAGGCCAGACAUGCAUAUGACCUCCAGAGUGACGCUGUGUACAAGGAGGACCAGAGGAUGUUGCAGGGUGUUGGAUGGGUGCCUAUAGGUUCACUGGAUGUGGAGAAGGCGAAGGCUGCUGCUGCGGCCCUGGCUGAGAGAGGGUAUCGUCAACACCCCAGCACCUUCAAAUUCAAACUCACCACUGAGGACAUGCCCUUGGUGCUGGCUAAGGCCAACGCUCAGGUCAUGAACAAGAAAGCGUACCGUGAAGCCUGGGACAAUGAGAAGUCAAAGAUCCACAUCAUGCCUGACGCUAUGGAUGUUCUCCUCGCCAAAGCAAACAACAUCAACUACAGCUACAAACUGUACAAACAGGCAAAUGAAGAAGCCAAGAAGAAGGGCUACGAUAUGCGCGGUGACGCCAUUUCCAUCAAGGCAGCCAAGGCCUCCAGGGACAUCGCCAGUGAUUACAAGUACAAGACAGGAUACCGCAAUCAGGUGGGCCACCACAUCGGUGCUCGCUGCGUCCAGGACGACCCUCUGCUCAUGCUGGCUCUGAACUCAGCCAAGAUCGCCAGUGACGCUCUGUACAAGAAGGACUUCAACAAGUCCAAGACCAAGUUCAACCUGCCUGUGGACAUGCUGACCCUGGAGCUCGCCAAGAAAUGCCAGAUUCAGGUCAAUGACUUCAACUACAGAACUCACCUGCACCAGUGGACCUGCCUGCCAGACUCCAACGAUGUGGUCCAGGCCAGACAUGCAUAUGACCUCCAGAGUGAUGCCGUCUACAAAGCUGACCUGAAGUGGCUCCAGGGCCUGGGCUGGGUCCCCAUUGGCUCACUUGAUGUGGAGAAAGCCAAGAAGGCUGCGGAAGCCUUGAGUGAAAGGAGCUACCGCCAGCACCCCAGCAUCUUCCCCUUCAAAAGCACCACAGAGGCCAUGAAUAUCGUUCUGGCAAAGAAUAAUGCUCACACCAUGAACAAGCGUCUUUACACAGAGGCAUGGGACAAGGAAAAGACCCAGGUGCACAUCCAGCCUGACACACCUGAGAUCCUCCUGUCUCAGCAGAAUGCUAUCAACGUGAGCAGGAAACUCUACAGACAAGGUUUUGAGGCAACCAUCAACAAAGGCUAUUUCCUCCCUGCGGAUGCAGUCUCCGUCAAGGCUGCCAAGGCCUCCAGGGACAUCAUCAGUGACUACAAGUACAAGACAGGAUACCGCAGUCAGGUGGGCCACCACAUCGGUGCUCGCUGCGUCCAGGACGACCCUCUGAUCAUGCUGGCUCUGAACUCAGCCAAGAUCGCCAGUGAUGCUCUGUACAAGAAGGACUUCAACAAGUCCAAGACCAAGUUCAACCUGCCCGUGGACAUGCUGAGUCUUGAGCUGGCCAAGAAAUGCCAGAUUCAGGUCAAUGACUUCAACUACAGAACUCACCUGCACCAGUGGACCUGCCUGCCAGACUCCAACGAUGUGGUCCAGGCCAGGAAAGCCUACGACCUGCAGAGUGACGCCGUGUACAAAGCUGACAUGGAUGAGGUCAUCGGCGUAGGAUGGGUCCCCAUUGGUUCAAUCGAUGUGUUGAAGGCCAAGAAUGCUGCAAGAAUUCUUAGUGACCAUCUCUACAGGCUGAAACCAGACACACAGAAAUUCACAACUGACAUGUCCUCCAUGCCCAUGGUCCUGGCCAAGGCCAACGCUGAAGUCAUGAACAAGAAAAACUACAUCUCUGCCUGGGAGGCCGACAAGCUGAAGAUCCAUGUGCCCCCUGACAUACCUGAGGUUUUGCUUUCUAGAUCCAACGCUUACAACAUCAGCAGGAAAAACUACAGGGAAGGUGUUGAGGAGAUCUUCAGGAAGGGCUACGACAUGAAGGCUGACGCCGUCUCUGUUGUUGCUGCCAAACGUUCAAGAGAUAUCAUCAGUGAUUACAAGUACAAGACAGGGUACCGUAAGCAGGUGGGCCACCACAUCGGAGCCCUCAGUGUCAAUGACGACCCUCUGAUCGUGCUGGCUAUGAACUCAGCAAAGAUCGCCAGUGAUGCUCUGUACAAGAAGGACUUCAACAAGUCCAAGACCAAGUUCAACCUGCCUGUGGACAUGCUGAAUCUGGAACUGGCCAAGAAAUGUCAGAUCCAAGUCAACGACUUCAACUACAGGACUCAUCUGCACAACUGGACCUGCCUGCCAGACUCCAACGACGUGGUCCAGGCCAGAAAGGCGUACGACCUGCAGAGUGACGCUGUUUACAAGGCCGACAUGGAGUGGAUCAAGGGAAUGGGCUGGGUGCCAAUCGGUUCACUUGAUGUGGAGAAAGCCAAGAAAGCUGGAGAGAUCCUGAGUGACAUUAAAUAUCGUCAACAUCCCAGCAUCUUCAAAUUCACUGCCCAGACAACAGACAUACCGUACGCCUUGGCUCAGGCCAACGCCGCCAACAUGGACAAGAAAGCAUACACUGCUGCCUGGGACAAGGACAAGCUCAACAUUCACGUCAUGCCCGACACCCCAGAGAUCCUCCUGGCCCAGCAGAAUAAACUCAACACCAGUCUGAAAUAUUACCAUGAGGGUUACUGGGACACCAUCCACAAAGGCUACUUCCUUCCCAAAGAUGCUAUCUCUGUGUUGGCAGCCAAGGCCUCCCGCGACAUCGUCAGCGACUACAAAUACAAGGCUGGUUUCCGUAAGCAGUGUGGCCAUCACAUCGGCGCCCUCAGCGUUAAUGAUGACCCACUGAUCAUGUUGGCUGCUAACGCAGCCAGGAUCUCCAGUGACAACAUCUAUAAGAAGGACUUCCACAAGACCAAGACCAAGUACAACCUGCCUGUCGACAUGCUGACGAUCGAACUGGCCAAGAAAUGCCAGCAGCAAGUCAACGACUUCAACUACAGGACUCACCUGCACCAGUGGACCUGCCUGCCAGACUCCAGUGACGUGGUUCAGGCCAGGAAGGUUUACGACCUACAGAGUGAUGCCGUGUACAAAGCUGAUCUGGAGUGGCUGAGAGGAUGCGGCUGGUCACCACAGGACUCUGUGGACGUCCUCAAAGUUAGACACGCCCAGACUAUUAUCAAUGACAGGCUGUACCGCCAGCCUCCCAGCACCGUCAAGUUCACCAGCGUGGUCGACCUCCCUGUGAUCGUCCUGUCCAAGCAGAACGCUGACAACAUCAGUGAAAGGAAAUAUAGGGAAGUCUGGGAUAAAGACAAACUCAGCAUUCACCUGCCACCUGACACCCCGACCUUUGAACUGUCCAAGGCCAAUGCCAUCAACAUCAGCAAUAAACUGUACACUAAGGCGUGGGAUGAGCAGAAGGCCCGAGGCUACAACAUUAAGGCAGAUGCUAUUUCCGUGGUGAAGGCUAAAGCUUCCAGAGAUAUCAGCAGCAACUACAAGUACCUGGCGAGUUACCGAAAGCAGGUGGGCCACCACAUCGGCGCUCGCUGCGUCCAGGACGACCCUCUGAUCAUGCUGGCUAUGAACUCAGCAAAGAUCGCCAGUGAUGCUCUGUACAAGAAGGACUUCAACAAGUCCAAGACCAAGUUCAACCUGCCUGUGGACAUGCUGAAUCUGGAACUGGCCAAGAAAUGUCAGAUCCAAGUCAACGACUUCAACUACAGGACUCAUCUGCAUCAGUGGACGUGUCUGCCCGACUCCAACGACGUUGUCCAGGCCAGGAAGGCGUACGACCUGCAGAGUGAUGCUGUGUACAAAGCAGAUAUGGAAUGGUUACGUGGAUGUGGAUGGAUGCCACAUGAGUGUGUGGAUGUCAUGAAGGUGAAGCACGCCCAGAAGAUCCUGGCUGAUAGAGGUUACCGUGUGAAGUUGGAUGAUCAGAAGUUUGUGGUUCCAACUGACAGAGUCGACCUGGUCUGUGCCAAGAAUGCUGCUGAUGUCCUGAACGAGGCCAAGUACCGUGAGGCCUGGCACCAGGACAAGACCAAGUACUCACUGGUGGACACUCCAGUUCUCGCCACAGCCAGAGAGGUGGCCAAGAACGUUCACCCGCAUCUGUACACCCAAGCCUGGGAUAAGGUCAAAGCCACGGGCUACUACAUGCCCGGAGAUGCCGUGCCAAUCAAGCAGUGCAUCAGUACGACUAAAGUGCAGAGUAAGCACAAGUACCUAGAGAGCUACCGUAAGCAGGUCGGCCACCACAUUGGCGCCCUCAGCGUCAAUGACGACCCUCUGAUCAUGCUGGCUCUGAACUCAGCAAAGAUCGCCAGUGACGCCCUGUACAAGAAGGACUUCAACAAGUCCAAGACCAAGUUCAACCUGCCUGUGGACAUGCUGGCCUUUGAACUGGCCAAGAAAUGUCAGAGACAAGUCAACGAUGACCUCUACAGAACCGGACGCCUGCACCAGUGGACAUGUCUGCCAGACCAGAACGAUGUCAUCCAGGCCCGCAAAGCCUACGACCUUCAGAGCAAUCACGUGUACAAGGCUGAUCUGGAGUGGCUGCGUGGCUGCGGCUGGAUGGCGGCUGACUCUGUGGACCACGUCAAGGUCAAGAAGGCCCAGGAGAUUCUCAACGAGAGACUCUACAAGAAGAACGCCCAGGAGUGCUUCGGAAAGUUCACCCUGAUCGUGGACCGCCCUGAGAUCCUGCUGGCGAAGAUGAAUGCAGCUAACCUCAGUGACCUGAAGUACAAAGAGACCUUCAACGCAGAGAAAGGUCUGUACAUUGGUUCAGAGGACACGCCUCAGCUGGCCCACAGUAGGGAGGUGUCCAAGAUCAUCAGUGAGAAACUCUACAAACAACACUGGGACGAGUCCAAAGCGACGGGCUACAAGCUGGACCAUGAAUACAUCCCACUCGUCAGUGGCAAGAAGGGCAGGGAGAUCGCCAGUGAUGUCAAAUACAAGGAUACCCAUGAGAAGGCCAAGGGUCACUACAUGGCUGGAACCCUGAUCGACUUCCCUGAGGUGGUGCGCUGUGGACAGCAGGAGAAGAACAAAGGACUGAGGGUCUACCAUAAGGACUACCACCUCAGCAAGACCAAGACCCACCUCCCACCUGACAUCAUCGCUAACACGGUCGCUAAGCGCUGCCAGGACAUGCUGAGUGAUGUCAUCUACCGCACCUACCUGCACCAGUGGACCUGCCACCCCGACCAGGAGGACGCCAUCCGUGCCCGCAAGACCAACGAGAUCCUCAGUGACGUGUUCUACAAGGACGACCUGAACUGGAUGAAGGGGAUGGGCUGCUACGCCUGGGACACACCUGAGAUCAUUCGUGCCAAGAAGUCGUACGAUCUGCAGAGCGAACUCAAAUACAGAGAGGACGCCAAGAAGGAAUUCAACAACUACUCCAUUGUGACCGACACCCCGGCUUAUGUGACGGCUGUGCUGGGCCACACCUGGGCCAGCGAUCUCAACUACAGGGAGGCUUAUCACAAAGAGAAGCACAUGUACACCACCGUCCUGGACACCCACGACUACGCCAGGUGCCACAACUUCAAGGAAUUCUUCAGCAACAAAAACUACACCUCCACCUGGGACAAAAUCAAAGCCAACAGCUACACGAUUCCACACGACUCCCACUCCCUGCAGCACGCCAAGCAGCAGAAGGUCAUCCUCAGCAACGUGAAGUACAAGGAGGAUUAUGAGAAGUUCAAAUCCCUCUACAGUCUGCCCAAGUCUCUGGAGGACGAUCCCUCCACUGCUCGCUGUGUCAAAGCUGGAAAGCUGGUCCUGGAUCGUCUGUACCACGAGAACUACGAGAAGACCAAGGCCAAGAACCACAUCCCACCAGACAUGCUGGAGAUCGUGGCCGGACGCAACACCCAGAACACCGUCAGCAUGAUCAACUACCGCAAGUACCUGCACCAGUGGAUCUGCCUCCCCGACAUGCAGGUGUACGUCCAGGCACGCAAGGUCAACGAGCAGCUCAGUGACAUCUUCUACAAGGACGACCUGAACUACCUGAGGGGUAUCGGCUGCUUCGCCUGGGACACACCUGAGAUCCUCCGUGUCAAACAUGCUGGUGACCUUCAGAGUGAGAACAAGUACAGAGCCAAAGGUAUCGAGGCUUUCAAGGAGUACUCAGUGGUGACGGACACUCCGGUUUACGAGACGGCCAAGCUGAACUCUCAGAACCUGAGCGAUCUGCACUACCGCUACGAUUACAACGUCAACAUCAAGGGCACCAACACUGCUCCUCCUGUUACUGUGGACACAGAGAGGGCACGCCUGGCGAACUACAUCCAGAGUGAUAACUGGUACAAGGAGGCCAACAAGAGCUUCAUGCCGACUGGUUACUCCCUGCCCCACGACACCCCGCUCAUCAAACAGGCCAAGCUGAACAGCGUCAUCAACAGCAACGUGAAGUACAAGGAGGCGUAUGAGAUGACGAAGGCGAAGGCCUACACUCUCCAUCCAGAGGGCGUCAACUUUGUCAACUCAAGGAAGGCUCACAAGAUCGUCAACGAUCGUCUGUACAGAGAGGACUACCACAAACACAAGGACAAGAUCCACACAACCUACGACACCCCCGAUAUCAAACAAGUCAAGAUGAACCAGUCCAACCUCAGCGACUUGUGCUACAAAGAGAAAUACUACAACAGCAGAGGUCAGCUGAUCUCUAUGCCCAUCACCCCCGAGCUGAUGCACUGCGCCCACGUCAAUGAGAUCACCAGCGAGCUGAAAUACAAAGAGGACCUGACCUGGCUCAGAGGCCUCGGCUGCUUCCUGUACGACACCCCAGAGAUGAUCACCGUCCGCAACAUCACCAAACAGAGACUGACCUACCCAGUGGAGGCAAAGAAGAACCUCGCCAACUUCUCCGUGGUCCUGGACACGCCUGAGUACAAACGUGUGACUGAGCUGAAGAGCCACAUGAGCAACCUGAUCUACAAAGCCCAGAGUAAGGAGGAGAUGGCCAAGGUCACCACCACUGUGGACUCAGUGGACAUCACCAGAGCCAAAUGGGCCCAGCAGCUGACCAACAAGUACCUGUACACUGACCUGGCCACUAAGGAGAGAUGCCAUUUCACUCCAGAAAAUGAAACUCCACACAUGGACCAUGCCAGGAAAAUGAAGGUCAUCUACAGUGAUAACAAAUACAAAGACCAGUAUGAGAAGAUGAAGCACAGAUACACCGCCAUCGCCGACACUCCACUCCUGAUCCGGGCCAAGAAAUCCUACCUGCAGUCCAGUGAUCUGCGUUACAAAGAGACCUUCGAGCUGUCUAAGGGACACUACCGGACAGUGAAGGACGCUCUGGACAUCGUCUACCACCGCAGAGUCACUGAUGACAUCAGCGAGGUUAAAUACAGAGAGAAGUACAUCACCUCUCUGGGGACGUGGAAGUCCAUCCCCGACCGUCCUGAGUUCUUCUUCAGCAAGAUUGUCAACGACAACGUCAGCAACGUGAAGUACAAGGAGGACCUGGAGUGGCUGAGGGGUCUCGGCUGCUUCGUGUGGGACACACCUGACCUGGUGAUGGCUGAGAGGAACAAGGCGCUGUACAGCGAGAGAGUGUACAAAUCCUCCUUUGAGAAGAACAGAGGCAACUUCAAGUACACCAGCGACACUCCGUUCUUCCAGGCUGCCAAAUAUGCCUCCUCCAUCAUCAACGAUAGAUCCUACAGAGCUGCUUAUGAGAAAACCAAGGAUAAGUUCACCGUAACUACCGAUGAUCCUAGAUACGUCCUGGCCAGGGAGAACAACAAGAUGAGCCAGUGGAGGUACAGGGAGCAGUAUGAACGUGCCAAAGACAAGUUCACCUCCGUUCUGGAGACUCCAGAGUACGAGGCCCACAGACGCAGCAAGAAGAUCGGCGAUAUCAUCUACAAGAUGGAGUACAACAAGACCAAGGCGAAGGCAUACACCCUGCCUUAUGACACUCCUCACCAGCAGCACAUGAAGAAGGUCAAAGACAUCACCAGCAAUCUGAAGUACAAAGAGGUGUACGAGAAGUGUAAGGCCCAGAUCAACAUGGACCCUGAGGCUCACUCCAUCCGUGCUGCCAAGGAGGCCUACAAGAACAUCAGCAACCUUGACUACAAGAAGAAGUAUGAAGCCACCAAGAACAAGUGGAUCUGGACAGCAGACAGACCCGACUUUGUGAAUGCUGCUAAGAACUCCCUGCAACAGAGUGAUGUUGAGUACAAGUAUGACAAAGAGGUGAUGAAGGGCUGUGUGAUUCCCGUGGUUGAUGACAAGCUGACCGUCCUGGCCAUGAAAAAUGCUGAAAUGGCCAGCAUUGUGAAGUACAAAGACAAGUAUGAGAAGGCAAAGGGCCACUACAUCCCCGUCCAGGACACGCCUCAGAUCCUCCACGCCAAGGCUGUGCGCACUCUGGCGUCAGAGACCAAAUACAAGGAGGCCAGUAAGAAGGAGAUGCAGUCGGGCUCGUUCACCACUCUGCCCGAGACUCGUGACACGGCCCACAGCAGGAACGUCAACAAGCUCGUCAGCAAGACCGUGUACAAAGCCAAGUUUGAGAAGGAAAAGGGCAAGUCAAUAUAUAACCACAUGAUUGUUCCACCUGAUGUUCAGCACGCCAUGGGAGUGGCCAAGACUCAGAGCAGCGUGGCCUACAAGAAAGACGCCAAGGCCAACCUGCACUACACCACUGUGGUCGACCGUCCUGACAUAAAGAAGGCCACCCAGGCCUCCAAACUCAUCAGUGGGAUCGGCUACCGUGACAAGGCCCGUGAGGAGGCCAGCCGUGGAGGCUCUCUGGUCCACCGCCCAGACAUCACUCUGGCCACUGAGGUGUCCAAGCUCAACAGCCAGCUGAAGUACAAGGAGAAGUUUGAUAAGGAGAUGAAAGGAAAGAAGCCACAAUAUGACCUGAAGGACAGUAAGAUUUACAAGACUCUGAAGGAUGCCAGUGUGCUGGCUAGUGAGGUGAAGUACAAAGGUGACCUGAAGAAGAUCCACAAGCCUGUGACCGAUAUGGCCGAGUCUCUGUCCAUGCAGCACAGCCUGAGCACCAGCAAACUGUCCAGCGAUGUGAAAUAUAAGGAGAAGUAUGAGAGGGAGAAGGGUAAACCCAUGCUGGACUUUGAGACACCAACAUAUGUGACGGCUAAGGAGGCGCAGCACAUGCAGAGCCAGAAAGACUAUAAGAAGGACUUUGAGGAGCACAUGAAGGGCAAGAACCUCUCAGGCUUGGAGGUCACGCCCGCCAUGAUACAUGUCAGAAACGCCACCAGAAUAGUCAGUGAGAAAGAGUACAGGAGGGAUCUAGAGGAGGGAGUGAAGGGUAAAGGGCUAACUGUACUGGAGGAAACUCCGGAGCUUUUGAGAGCAAGGAAUGCCACUCAAAUCCUGUGUGAGAGAGAGUACAAGAAGUCACUGGAGCAGGAGAUCAAGGGCAAAGGAAUGUUGGCAUUGGCUACAGACACCCCCGACUUCAUGAGGGCCAGGAACGCCACUGACAUCCUCAGUCAGACCAAGUACAAGCAGACCGCUGAGAUGGACAGGGCCAGCUACACCACUGUGAUCGACACCCCAGACAUUAUCCACGCUCAGCAGAUGAAGAACAUCGUCAGCCAGAAAAAGUACAAGGAGGAGGCAGAGAAGACAAUGUCUCACUAUGUGCCGGUCCUGGACACUCCUGAGAUGCAGAGAGUCCGAGAGAACCAGAAGAACUUCAGCACUAAUCUUUACCAGAUUGACCUUAAAAACAUAAAGGGCAAAGUGUCUACUGUAAAGGACACUCCUGAAAUGCUUCGUGUUAAAGAGAAUACAAAGAAUUUCAGCUUGAUUCAGUACAAAGAGGAGGUGGGAGGAGGAACAGCUUUACCGGAGACGCCUGAGAUGGAGAGAGUUAAACGCAACCAGCGGAACGUUAGCACGAUUCAGUACAAGGACUCUGUGGGUCAAGGCACGUCCAUCCCAGAUCUCCCUGAGAUGAAGCGGGUCCGAGAAACCCAGAAGAAUAUCAGCUUGAUUCAAUACAAGACAGACGUGGGACAAGGCACGUCAGUGUCAGAGACCCCCGAGAUGGAGAGAGUUAAACGCAAUCAGCAAAACAUUAGCACGGUACUCCACAGAGUCACCCUGCAACCUCCUGCUCUACAUUCAUUUACCUCAAUUCAGUACAAGGACUCUGUGGGUCAAGGCACGUCCAUCCCAGAUCUCCCUGAGAUGAAGCGGGUCCGAGAAACCCAGAAGAAUAUCAGCUUGAUUCAAUACAAGACAGACGUGGGACAAGGCACGUCAGUGUCAGAGACCCCCGAGAUGGAGAGAGUUAAACGCAAUCAGCAAAACAUUAGCACGAUAAAGUACAAGGACUCUCUGGGUCGAGCUACGGCUAUCCCGGACCUGCCGGAGGUGAAGCGGGUCAGACAAACCCAGAAGCACAUCAGCUCGGUGUGGUAUAAAGACAGUUCAGCCAAAGGAACUCCUGUGGUCUUUACCCCAGAGAUGGAGCGAGUCAAAAGGAACCAAGAGAACAUUAGCUCGGUGCUGUACUCUGACAGCUUCCGUAAGCAGGUCCAGGGCAAGGCCGCCUUCGUCCUGGACACACCUGAGAUGAGACGCGUCAGAGAGACUCAGCGCAUCAUCUCUGGAGUGAGAUACCACGAGGACUUUGAGAAGAGCAAAGGCAGCUUCACUCCCACCACUACCGACCUGGUGACCGAGCGUGUGAAGAAGAACACUCAGGACUUCAGUGACAUCAGCUACCGUGGCAUCCAGAGACGCGUGGUGGAGAUGGAGAGGAGACGUGCCAUCGAGCACGACCAGGAGACCAUCACUGAUCUGCGUGUGUGGCGCACAAACCCCGGCUCUGUGUUUGACUACGACCCUGCUGAGGACAACAUCCAGUCCAGGAGUCUGCACAUGAUGUCAGUUCAAGCUCAGCGUCGCAGCAAGGAGCACUCCCGCUCCACCAGCGCCCUGAGCGGCAUGGCUGACGAGAAGUCUGAGGUGUCCCAGGACGCCGACCACCACAUGUCCCUCUACAGCAAUGGCUUCAUGGCGUCCUCUGUCGGUUACCAGCACGCUAAGACUGUGGAGGUGCAGCAGAGGUCUUCAUCAGUGGCCACCCAGCAGACCACCGUCUCCUCCGUCCCCUCACACCCCUCCACCACCGGGAAAACUGUUCGUGCCAUGUACGACUACACUGCAGCCGACAACGACGAGGUGUCCUUCAAAGACGGAGACGUGAUCGUUAACGUGCAGUCCAUCGACGAGGGCUGGAUGUACGGCACCGUGCAGCGCACCGGCAAGACCGGCAUGCUGCCAGCCAACUAUGUUGAAGCAAUCUAAAGACAAAGCCCGCCCACCGUCCCUCCAGAGUGGGCGUGACACAUCCACAGGGCAAUCUGAUUGGUCUUCCUGUGAACACAACCGCGGCUUAGUGCAAUGAUUUAGUGUCUCUUAGCUCUGUAUUUUAAUGGUGUUGUGAUUCUCGUCUGUUCUCAUUCAUACGCUGCUGCCCUGUUUCCUGUGGAUGUGACAUCAGCAUGGUGACAUCACUCAUAUAAAUAUCUCUAUUAUACAUACUAUGACUACGCUGAAUGACAGACUCUGUAACCUGUUCUGAGACACUCCCUUAGACUCACUAACAACCCAACGCCCUUUGUAUAUUUCAAUAAUAUUUAAUAUAUAUAGAAGAGUAUUAGAAACCUUCAGCCAGACGAUGGGCUCACAUAGUUUGAAUUCUGUGGAGAGAAAAAGAAAUGACGACGAUAGUGAAACCUGUAAGGAGUCAGUUAGCGUCUGUCUCCUCCAUGAUGAAACCGCUCCUAACGAGUUGUACGAGACCAGACCUCAGUCUUCCCUCCUUCACACUGAAGGCUGGUCACUAGUAGAGUGUGUGUUUUGUUUCUUCUGAUUAUUUAGGUCCUCUACUUUUAAUCUGUAGCCAAUAAAGCACACCGAGCUCCUGCAGCA